AAAUGUUGUGGGACUGGCGGAAAUGGUUAUUUUUGGUUCUUCUUUUGCUAUGGUUGUUUCUUUUUCGUUCAUUGCUGCCUCUGCGCCUUGGUGUUUCUCAUACCCUCUCUCCUAAGAUGAGAAGGGAAUGGAAGUAUAAUUCUCCUAUGUCUACCAGUAUUUUCAAACCGUCGGGACAUCGACCUCUUUCUUUCUCUCACACUGAUACUGUGCUUUCCUGUAAGGGUAAAAACAAUCUUUCAGCAUGGGACUAUGGAAUUCCCUCGUUUGUGGAUUAUAUGAACAAUGUGUACAUUCCAUUUCGGGAAGAACAAUUUGAUUAUAUUACGACGCGGGUUGUGUAUGCAAAAUACGGAAGUCCCGGAAUUGCUAACCAGAUGAAAUGUGCCUGUGAUACCCUGUUGUAUGCAUUACUCACGAAUCGGACAUUUCAAAUGUAUACACCCUCAGCUCCUGAGUUCUUGUUUAUCCAUCCAUUUAACCGUACACGCUUUGAAAUUGAAAAGUCUGAUAAUCAAACUGAAACAUUUGAUGUGAGUCGAGAUUAUUUCAGCAGCUUUGAUGAUUUUCAGCGAAUCUCUGUACAAUCCCAAAAUGAAUUGCCUCCGGUUGAGGAUUCUGUGUAUGAAGGCUCCAUUCUAGUCAGAGCCCAUCGAGUUUUUGGUCAUCAGCUGUUAUCCAAGAAGUCAAACAAGUUGAUAUUGCGAAAGUUAGGAUUGCCUAUCAGGAUGAAAUCCGAGUAUUGGUAUGAUCUCUGCAUUCCCAACUUAUUCCAACCGAGUUGCUACUUGGAGUCUCUGAUAAGACCCUAUGAAAAGAAAAUGAGAAAUAAGUUUGUAAUUGGUGUACAUGCCAGAUUAGCGGGAAAUGUGUCCGAAUGGGGAGAGUUCAUUUCCUAUUUAUCCAAAAAAGGUUUGAGAAUGAUGAUACAGAAAAUCAAGGAGGUAGCCAAGACUCAUCCUAAUUAUACUGUGUUCAUUGCUAGUGAUACGUUAAGUGUCAUAUCUCUGUUCAGAUCAUCGUUUAAAAACGUUAUUUCAACGAGUGGUUAUACGUUAGAACAUGGAGGGAGAAAUCCAUCACGAAGUGGACUUAUUCUGAGUGCACUGGAAUUAUUUUUGUUAUCACGCUGUGAUAUGCUGCUUUUAACGAAGCAGAGUCAGUUCAGCUCUGUAGCUCAUCACCUGUCAACGCGGAAUAUCCCUACUUUUUAUUUCUGA